AUGGACCACGACGCCCGCCACGAGCAGCUGCUCGACCGCCGCGCUCAGUUGACCGAGGGGCUUGGAAGCUUGCCCUACGACCUGAUACUCUACCUCGAGCGUGCUGUCGUCUACUCAGACCUGGGCUAUCCUGAUCUCGCCGCCGGCGAUGCCUAUCGGGCCCUCCUCUUGGCUGAUGAGGUCGCCAAUGAGGGGUUCGAGUACCACGAUCAGGCUCUCGAGAGUCUCCUGAUGCGCUCCGCCGUUCCUUGUCCCGAGGUAUUAACCCACGGUAAUCUUUCUGCAAUGUGGUCGGCCUCCGAUCCGGCCGACUCCGACGACGGCAAGACGGCCGCUCGCCGCCUCGCCACAAUCGGCUCCAUCCGAGCCUAUCAGAUCCUUUCUCUAAGCUUGCUGCUAUGCGGCUGCCUCAAGAGCGCUGCCAGCUUUUGCUACAGAGGCCUGCGCAUGACCCCUGACAACCAAGAAUUGCUCAACACAAAGGCCCACAUCCAGGCUGUUGGCCGUCGAAAGCUUCGCCGCGACGACUUUGACAUCAACGACCUCCCCGACCACGGCUUGGUUCGCCGCGAAGUGUAUCCCUGGAACGAGCACGAGCCGGAUCGGUUUUCGUCCAAGUCGCUGGCUACCCUCAACGCAGACCUAAAGGUCAUGGCUCCCAAGUGUGCCGUUCGGGUGGCAACCUUGCCGGUGCUGCUGGAAGGCGCCUGUGAGACCGACAGCUAUGAAAUAAUCCCCACCUGCAAACAGCUCGGCGUCUUUGCACAGGAAGACAUCGAGCCGGGAGAGGCUGUGCUCAAGGAAUACUCGCUCUUGACGGCCAACAACCGACUCAAGGACUCGAUCUGCGACGCUUGCAGUUCCGAGCUGCCCCCGCUCGGCAGCGAGAACGGCCCCGUCAACUGCGACGGGUGCCUCGACACCGUCUUUUGCAGCGGCUAUUGCCACGACGAAGCCCAGAAGCGUUACCAUCCUGCCGUCUGCGACAAGGAUGUCGAUGCCAUAGCCAAGGAUCCGGACGCCUUCGAAGCUGACGAGACGCUUUACCUGCUGCUUCUUGCCCGCGUCCUGGCCCUGGCCGCCCACCAGGAAAUCAACCCGCUCGACGCGCGUGAGGUCAAAUUCAUCUGGGGCGACUUUUUGCCGACACGUGCCAACGACAUCAACGUCGACCCAAACGCGGGACCUCCGCCCGAGUGGACGCUGCCUUUCUCCUUCAAGUACAACAUUGAGACGCCGCUACACGUACUCGAGAAGAUGGACGUAGACAUUUUCGCGUCGCUUCCCGAGUACGACGUCUGGGUUCUCAAUACGCUGUAUGCCAAGUUCCGGGGGACCGCUUCGGCGCGGAAGAACCCUCGCGAUGGCCGGCCCGACGUGGCAGCGGUCCAUCCAUAUUGGUGCCUUGCUAACCAUGACUGCGACCCCAACGUCACCUGGGACUGGGGCGGGCGCAUGGUUCUCUGGGCGCGGAAAGAGCGCAUCGUCGGCGGCAAGCCUGGGGGCAUCAGGCGAGGGGAAGAGAUACUCAAUCACUAUUGCGACGUGUCGCUUCCCGUGCAGCCACGGCGGGAGUGGGCGCGAGGCAGCCUCGGAGGCUGGUGCAUGUGCCAGCGCUGCAGGACUGAGGCUGCCGCACAGAGUUGA